AUGUCUGCCCAGCCUCAGCAGGACCAUAUUCACCAGGCUCCGGCUCAACCCCAAGCCGCAUACCAGACGAAAGCCGAGCAGGUUCAACAGGGGCAGCAACAACAACAAUAUGGCCCUGCAGCACAGCACCACCACCAGCACGUCGGCGCCACGCCCCUCCAGUCACUAGGCCCAGCACCGGCCGUGGUCGACUGCCCGUUCUGCCAGCAGCGGGUGAUGACGCGCGUCAACGAGGAGCACUCCAGCAUGACAUAUCUCCUCGGUGUCCUCAUCGGCUGCAUCUGUAUCUGCGCCGCCUGCGUCCCCUGCCUGGCUGGCAUGUGUCAGGACGUGACGCAUUUUUGCACAAACUGCAACCAGCGCGUCGCCCACAUACCCUAUAGCGGAGGGGUCCAGGUCAUCCAGCCUCAGCCGCACCAGGGCGCCAACGGCCAAUACAACAUGGGGCCCCAGGCCGUCUACGGGAGCGAGAACUCCAAGGGAGCCGGUGUUGCCCCGGCCACCCAGCAGCAGCAGGCCGCUCCGGCGCAGCAACCCGCACCAUAUGGGCAAGACCAUAUCCAACCGGCGUCGCAGCCGGAUGUACAGCCGCCUCAGUAUUCUAAGAACUGA